AUGGAUGAUGAUAAUGAUAUUGAUGCAGAAGUAAAUUCAUUUGGUGAGGAAAGUGAUUUAAUAAUUGUUGAAAAAGAAAAUGACACUAAUAUAGAAUGGGAUCUAAUUGCUGAAGCUGAAAAAAUUGUUAAUUCUAUGUAA